AUGCCUGGCUACCGUGACCGCGAGUCCAUUGUGCCCAUGGACUUUGAGUACGACAACCGCGUCGGUCCCGUUGAUUCGCAGUCUCCCUUCAUUUCGCAUGCGGCCAAGAAGCGUAAGAUCGAUUCCUUUGCGUCGUCCCAUCCCCAAUCCGAGGAGCAAGUACAGAAGCUGAACGAUGGGCCGCCUUUUGGCCAUCCUGAUGCAGGCACACAUUCCGUCUUCGAUUCACCGUCCAAGAGCACGUUUGCGACGCCGAACCACCCCAAGCUGAGCGACCCGAACGGCCAGCGCUUCCUGUUUUCGCAGACGACCCAGAAGGCGCUACCGCAGACGCCACAGAAUAAGAACGUGUGGGACCUGCGAACGCCGCAGAGCAUCGUCGAUAGCAGCGGCGGGGAGACCCCCAACUACGAUACACCGGCGCAGGAUAGCGACGCUGCUACACCAGAGACGCAGCAGCUAGCCCUCACUAUGGGUGGCUUGACGCAUGGCGAGCGCGAGCGCAAGAGUCCCUCGAAGCGGUCCAGCUUCUUCAAGAGCUUGCCGUGGAACAAGAGCCCCUCCAAAGAGAAGAGCUCCCGGGAGAAGCCGUAUUCCAAGAAGGCGGAAAACCGCGUGCUGAAGCGACGGGCGCACAAGUCGCGGACGCGGCACAGCGAGUAUGAUUCAGAUGCUGAAUCGCCCACCAAAGACCAGAACAUCCAGCAGGCAGCGCCGGCAAUCGGUUUCGCGGCCAAGAUUCCAGGCGUCCUUGCAUGGGUCGAAGCACACCCGAACCUGCCCAAUGUGCUCUCUUACUAUAUGCAGUUCAUCGUAAAUGCAGUCCUCGGCCUCUUCUUUCUGUGGAUCGUAUAUGUUGUCUACUCAGCCGUCAUGGCCGACAUUGACAACGAGGCAAGCAACAAAGUGCGCGACAUCAUGCACGAGAUCGCCGUCUGCGCCUCGGAGUACGAGCGCAAUGGCUGCGAGCCGAAGCCAGUGCCCGCCGUCGAAUCAUUGUGCCAGAACUGGAAGCGGUGCAAAGAGCGCGAUGCAUACAAGGUCGCGCGCGCCAGCGUCGGGGCGCGGACGUUCGCUAUGAUCUUCAAUAGCUUCGUCGAGGAGUUCAGCUACAAGUCUAUGGUAUUUACCCUCCUUCUCCUUUCCCUGUACUGGAAGCGCGACAAGAUUGGUGCAGCUGUAGCAGAUCAAGCGGACCAGCUGCAGCAUGUUGCCACCAUGAGCGCGCAGGGCCAAUAUCAAGUGCCUGAACCCGUCCAUCAACCCGUCCCUUACCCCCUCCAUGGGUCUAUCCUCCCUGAUGAGGACUUCGCUGACGAUUCUUUCCCCCAAUAG